UACAAACUCUGCCUCCCCCACUUGCUGUUGCGCCCACUCUCACAAUGGAUGACUUUGCCUUCUUCCUUUAUUCUCCCAACCACCCUCACCCAUCGGUUCCAUGCGUAGGAUCCAUGAUAGCAGAGUAGAAAAGAAAGCAGUCCCAUAAAAGGAGAAACGGGCAGUUUCAGACCAACGCCGAGGCCUCGCCGCCAUUCCUUCCCUUCAUUAAAUGCUGUAUACUUUUACCCAAUUCACCAAUUCUUCCAUUUCCCUUUCUCUUUGUUUCCUACGUUUUUCAUUCUGCAAAUUCUUCUCUUGUUUUGUUGCUAGGUUUGCUUGUCUCCGGAAAUUGAAUGCAUGGAGGCUGCGUUGAAGAUGGGUCUCAUCAACAAACCCAGCCCCAAACUUCAUUUGGAUGAGCUUCGGUCUGCAAACCCGCAAAGCUCUGCAUCCCCCUCCUCCGAUUACAUUUUUGUAGACCAACUUUUCAACUUUUCAAAUGAAGAAGAGGAGGAGGAGGAGGAGGCAGAGGGUGAAGAGAAAAACAACCAUUCCUCUGUUUCUGCUCCCCUGCAACUUCAACAAUACCGUGAGAGCGACGAAAUUUCCAACCACAGCUCCACCAAUUCCUCUGGAGAUGUCUUUUGGUCUGUUUCUUCAAGAGAUUUUGAAGACCUCGAAUGGCUGUCCCAUCUCGUCGCCGACUCCACCCAAGAAGAAUACUCUGCCGCACCACUGAACUGCUCUGUUUUUUUGACAGAGAAACCCAAUAGUUACCAAAAGGAACCAACCCACCACGCCCCCACCCUUCCGAAUUUUGAAUCUAAUCUCAACACCCCAUUUCCCUCAAAGCCAAGAAGCAAGCGAGCAAAAAUCUCCGGCCGAGUCUGGUCAUUAACGAAUUCAAUUUCUUCUCCAUCGUUAUACCCACCACAGCCGAAGAAACCAAAGAAAAACCCAGCAGAGGAGGGUUCCGGCAGGGUGCAGGCGCCGCGGCGGUGUAGCCAUUGCGGUGUUCAAAAAACCCCACAGUGGCGAGCUGGUCCGCUGGGGUCCAAGACUCUGUGUAAUGCGUGCGGUGUACGGUUCAAAUCCGGGCGGCUUUUUCCCGAAUAUAGACCGGCUUGUAGCCCGACGUUCUCGAGCGAGCUUCAUUCAAACCACCACCGGAAAGUACUGGAGAUGCGACAGAAAAAGGAAACGGAGACGGCCCACUCCGGUCCAGACCCAACCCCGUAGGAGUAGUGUAAAAGAACCAGAAUAGACGAACCCGGUUUAAGUUUAGUGGUGCAGUGUGUAAAAAAAAUGUCAUUUUCAGGGAGCCUCAUUAGGUGCGGUAGGUCAUCGGCGCUUGUUGCCAAUUAAAUUACAACAGCUUUUAUUAAUAUAUUUAUCCCUUCCUUUUUUUUUCUUA